UGCCCCCGCCGCUGCUGAUCCGGCCCGGCGACGCGCCGCUCCUGCCCCCCGCCAGGUUGAGGAUGUCUGGGAUCUGUUCGGAAGAAGUGGCCAUGUCACGAGUAACUCGCCCACCCACCUUCCCAGUGAGCUUUCAGCUCCUUGUGCUGGUGUUGCUCUGCCAUGCAGAUGGCAUACAUGCGGAGAGCCCCAGUGAACUGCCAGGGAAUGACACCGAGGAGUGUGCUGGCUCGUACAUCUGCAAAAAGGGUGUGAUUUUACCAAUAUGGGAACCCCAAGACCCCUCAUUUGGUGACAAAAUCGCUCGGGCAACAGUGUAUUUUGUAGCGAUGGUGUACAUGUUCCUGGGAGUGUCUAUCAUAGCUGACCGCUUCAUGUCCUCCAUCGAAGUCAUUACAUCCCAAGAGCGAGAAAUAACCAUCAAGAAGCCCAAUGGUGAGACCAGCAAAACCACUGUGAGGAUCUGGAAUGAGACCGUUUCCAAUCUCACACUGAUGGCCUUGGGCUCGUCCGCCCCCGAGAUCCUCCUGUCCGUCAUCGAAGUGUGCGGCCAUGGCUUCACAGCAGGGGACCUGGGGCCAAGCACGAUUGUGGGAAGUGCUGCCUUUAACAUGUUUGUCAUCAUUGCGAUAUGUGUGUACGUGGUUCCAGAUGGAGAGAUAAGGAAGAUCAAGCACUUGCGAGUGUUUUUUGUUACGGCGGCCUGGAGCAUCUUUGCCUAUACUUGGCUUUACAUUAUUUUAUCUGUGUCUUCACCUGGGAUUGUGGAGGUUUGGGAAGGCUUGCUCACCUUCUUCUUCUUCCCCAUCUGUGUGGUGUUUGCCUGGAUAGCUGACAGGAGGCUUUUGUUUUACAAGUACGUCUACAAGAAAUACCGAGCUGGCAAGCAGAGAGGUAUGAUCAUAGAGCAUGAGGGUGACCGGCCCUCCUCCAAAGCUGAUAUCGAGAUGGACGGAAAGGUUGCUAAUUCUCAUGUGGAGAACUUUUUGGAUGGGACACUGGUGUUGGAAGUGGAUGAGAAAGACCAGGAUGAUGAGGAAGCCAGAAGGGAAAUGGCUCGGAUCCUGAAGGAGCUGAAACAAAAGCACCCAGACAAGGAAAUCGAACAGCUUAUUGAGUUGGCCAACUACCAGGUCCUGAGCCAGCAACAGAAGAGCAGGGCCUUUUACCGCAUCCAGGCCACUCGGCUCAUGACCGGAGCUGGCAACAUCUUGAAGAGACAUGCUGCAGACCAGGCCCGCAAAGCCGUCAGCAUGCACGAGGUCAACAGUGAGGUGACGGAAAAUGAUCCCAUCAGCAAGCUCUAUUUUGAGCAGGGUACCUACCAGUGUUUGGAGAACUGUGGCACUGUGGCCCUGACCAUCAUUCGCCGGGGAGGUGACUUGACUAACACAGUGUACGUUGACUUCCGGACAGAGGACGGGACGGCUAAUGCCGGCUCCGACUACGAGUUCACUGAAGGGACAGUGGUCUUCAAACCUGGAGAGACCCAGAAGGAAAUCCGUGUUGGCAUAAUCGAUGAUGACAUAUUUGAGGAGGAUGAGAACUUCCUGGUACAUCUCAGCAACGUCCGUGUGAGCACUGAGCCCUCGGAUGAGGGCGUUCUUGAGGCCAGUCGUGUCUCAACACUUGCCUGCUUGGGAUCACCAUCUACUGCCACUGUCACCAUUUUUGACGAUGACCACGCUGGUAUCUUCACCUUUGAGGAGCCAGUAACUCACAUCAGUGAAAGUGUAGGAACCAUGGAAGUGAAAGUGUUGCGAACCUCUGGUGCACGAGGAAAUGUUAUUGUGCCCUACAAAACCAUUGAAGGCUCAGCCAAAGGUGGAGGAGAGGACUUUGAAGACACCUGUGGGGAGCUGGAGUUCCAGAACGAUGAGAUAGUGAAAUUCAUUACCCUUAGAGUACUUGACCGUGAGGAGUAUGAGAAAGAGUGCAGUUUCUUCCUUGUGCUUGGGGAUCCAGUGUGGCUACGACGAGGAGUGAAAGCCCUGUUGUUGAAUGAGCUUGGUGGCUUCACCAUCACAGAGGAGAAUGAGGAAAAGCAGCCACUGACCAGCAAGGAGGAGGAGGAGCGUCGCAUUGCAGAGAUGGGGCGCCCAGUCCUGGGGGAGCACACCAAACUCGAAAUCAUCAUUGAGGAAUCCUACGAGUUCAAGAACACAGUGGACAAGCUCAUUAAGAAGACAAACCUGGCCCUGGUGGUUGGCACAAACAGCUGGAGGGAGCAGUUUAUUGAGGCUAUUACUGUCAGCGCGGGGGAGGAUGACGACGACGAUGAAUGUGGGGAGGAGAAGCUGCCCUCCUGCUUUGACUAUGUGAUGCACUUUCUGACCGUCUUCUGGAAGGUCCUUUUUGCCUUCGUGCCCCCGACAGACUACUGGAAUGGCUGGGCCUGCUUUGUUGUCUCCAUCCUCAUGAUCGGCCUCCUGACAGCUUUCAUUGGCGACCUGGCAUCCCACUUUGGCUGCACCAUCGGCCUGAAGGACUCGGUCACCGCCGUCGUAUUUGUGGCACUGGGGACAUCGGUGCCAGACACAUUUGCCAGCAAAGUAGCAGCAACACAGGACCAGUAUGCAGACGCCUCCAUCGGGAAUGUCACCGGGAGCAAUGCUGUGAACGUUUUCCUGGGAAUUGGGGUAGCCUGGUCCAUCGCAGCCAUCUACCACGCGGCGCACGGACAAGCCUUCCAAGUCUCACCCGGCACACUGGCCUUCUCCGUCACCCUCUUCACCAUUUUUGCUUUUAUCAGUGUGGGCGUGCUGCUCUACCGGCGGAGACCCGAGAUUGGAGGUGAGCUGGGCGGGCCGCGGACUUCCAAGCUGCUCACAUCCUCACUCUUUAUCCUCCUCUGGCUCUUGUACAUAUUCUUCUCAUCUCUGGAAGCCUACUGCCACAUAAAGGGCUUCUAAAAGGACAAUAAGAGAUAGUAAAUAUAUGUAUAUCUAUAUAUAUCUAUAUAGAGUGAUAUAUAGGUAUAGAUAUAGAUAUAAUGCUGUGUAUAAUGAACAGAGAAAAAGAAUAAAAGAGAUUUGCCAUGUUCACACACCUGCUGAUGGAAAGCGGCUUUGGAGCAUCCUUUGAACUAGGCAGGACCCCAAAGCCAGCAGGACCCCUCCCCAGGCAGUGGCCCCAGCCAGGAGCCAGGCAGCAGGGCCCUUUCUGCGACUCUACCAACAGGAGCAGCUGAUGGCCACCGAGCCCCUUUCCACCGCUGACUCCCACCCGCCAGCCACCUGGGAAGAUGGAUAUGAAGGUGACCGGGGUGCGUCGGUAUGAGGAAGGCCAGGGUAGCUGGUGAGAAACAGAGCAGUGGGCAAGGGAAGGAGAAGAAAGCAAAGGGUUCUGAUCUCCAACCGCCAUCCACCUGCCUUCGCCACUCGGGAACAUCCCCUCUGGCCCUGUUGGAGAGAAGCAAGAGACCAAACUGAAGGCAAAGGGGAAACUGGGAGCUUUCUAAGGAUAGAACACAAACCGUUUUCGUCAUUGAUUUGGGGUUGGUUUUUUUGUUUCAUUUUGGCGUGUGUACAACUAGCAUUUCCCACCCACAUGCCCCUCACCUUUCCCUCUCCAUGCUUUGGGGAUGCACAGCCGCAACCCCGUGUCCAGUGUCCUAAGCUGAGGCUGUGUGGGGUGGCGGGGGCUUCCCUCCCGCUUCCUCCGCCUCCUCGGGCAUGCUGUCGUGGUACUUGUAACAUUUGCAUGAAUGAAAUGAAAUCUAUCUGUAUAUAGCAACCUAUAGCGAUAGUCCUUCCAACCAUGUGGGUUGAGCAUUGCAGAUACAAGCAUUUUUCUUUUCACUGGGUUUUAUUUAUUUUUAGUUAGUUUGGUUUUGCCGUAGGGUUUUUUGCUUGUUUGUUUGUUUCCUCUUAGCAGGGGGUAAAAGGAUGGAAAGCUGUCCCCACUUAUUGCUUGUUGCAUGGGUCCGUGAGAAGCAAUAACAGCCACGCAGAUGUAGGUUUUGAGGGGAGGAAAACCCACACCCCAGAGACUGCAGGCUCUGUCUACCUGUGUAGCUGGGGUCCUCUGACAUGCUGAAGCCAGUGUGAAGGCUCCCACUAUCCACACAAGGUUUUACACAAGGUCCCAGGGAGCCCGAGUGGGAUGAGCAGUCCAAGGGGGACAAGCGUGGCUGACUCCCAGCAUCUCCCGUGCUUCUGCCUUUAUAGUCGGUGGCUGCCUCAAAACCCCUUGGUCCCCUGCUAUUCCCUGUAUCCCCAGAGGUCUGGUGACAGCCCCUGUUUCUGAGUGUUAAGCCAUCAGGAUCAGUCCACAAAGCUGGUCCUUUCCCACAGCCAUUUGGAGGCAGAGUAAUUCAGCAUAAGGGCUGAAGGGCCAUAAAGAGAUCUCCCAUUCUGCUGAGUGCAACCAGGAAGCAUCUCCUAUAGGAAAAGGCCACACUUUGCACUCUCCGAAUCCGAAAUUGCUGGGGAGGAUGAGACAGGGAGGCGUAACUCAGCAUCACCCCCCGUGCUAGUAGUGCAGGUUGGGGUAGAGAGCCGAGCCAGGGAAGUGUGGGUGUAGAGCUCCCCAGGGCACAGCAGAAAGGAGACAUUGUGCACUGGUGUUGAGAGAUGUCUUCUUACCCUAUGCCCUUUGCCAGGCUUCCUCACAUUCCGGCCAGGCAAACUCCCAGCCUGCAUGUCCGUGGUGAGCUCUUCCCAUUCAGCUGAAAACCAUGUCUGAUGCUUGUACCAUAACCAGCUGGCUGGGGGUAUUUGUACUCAUUUUGAACUAUCUGUGGAAAUUUUAAUGAAUCUGCUGUAAGAUUUUCUCUAGGAAUAUGAAGUUGUGGGGGUUUUUUUCUCGAGCCUUUUUUUUUUCACUUUUGGUUGGGUUAGGGGUUUUUCUUUUUGUUUUUCAUUGUUUUGGGGGAAGAAUCAAACAAAGGUGCAGGUUGUUCAGGUUUAUGAUUACCUUUAUGUACAAUGAUUUCAUUUUCAUCUGUUUGGCUUCAUUUUUUUAGUUUGUGUGUAUUGCCCACCACUAUAGGCAGUGAGCCCACUAAUUGUGAUGAUCCUUAUCAAUGGUACACAAUGCACAGAGAAAUAAAGUUUGUAAUGAUUCCUGAUG